AUGUAUCCGCCUCUGCUAAUGAUCUUCAGACUGACCGCGAAGAUUAUGUUACCAGAAUGGGUCACUCAGAGUGCAGAGAUGGGAUGCAUGUGGAAGAGUAUCAGCGUCAUAUGCAUGCUAAUCAACGACAUUUAUUCACUGCAAAAAGAGCUGCGUAACGGCGUAGCCCAAAGUGCCAUUCCCAUUUUGUGGAGUGCUUCGGAACCAAACGACUUGGAUCCCAUCGUGCAAAACUUACUCCGCGAGAUUGAGGGGGCAAUAACCUCUUUUGAUCAAGCUACAGCCUCUCUCGGGCACCAAUAUGAGAUGAAAGGCCGAAGCAGCUCCGAUCUACGCGCGUAUGCAGAUGCCUGUCGCCACAUUGCCACCGGUUUGUGGCGGUGGACGUUGUCCUCACCGCGUUAUAACAUGCCGAAGUAUCUGCAACCCGAUGGAAUGGCUGUUAUCCCACUAGGAGAAUAG